AAAGUCCUUGGACACCGUUGUAAAUACCACUUUGACAGAAGUGAAAACUGACAAUUUAAUAAACGAAAAAAAUGGUCGUAUCUAUUCUAGUGUAAAUGAAAUAAUUCUAAUGAAUUCUUUCAAGUGUUAUUAAAGCUAUAAUAUCAAGAAGAGAUGCUGAUUAAAAUAUUCAUACAAACAAUAAUUUAUUUGAUUUGAUUGGACUAGCUAUGACUCAACAAUUGACUAAAAAUUAAUGUCAACUUGAUAAUUAUUUUGUAAAAGGAAAAAAGAAAUUUGAAUUAAUAAAAAAUGGCUAAUGAAUCUUGGAAAAAAGAAUAUCCACUUCAUAAAUGUAUAUUUCAAGGUGAUGUUAAAGCACUGAAUACAUUGAUAAAGAAAAAAAUAUGUGAUAUUGCAGAAAAAGAUGUUCAUGGUAAUACACCUUUACAUUUAGCAGUGAUGCUAGGAAGAAAAGAUUGUAUACAAUUAUUAUUGACAUUUAAUGCUCCAGUUAAAGUUAAAAAUUUAGCUGGUUGGAGUCCAUUAGCUGAGGCAAUAAGUUAUGGUGAUCGUCCAACAAUAUUAUUACUUGUUCAAAAAUUAAAACAACAAGCACGUGAACAAAUGGAUGAUAGAAGACCAAAUUUAGUAUCAGCAUUAAAAUCAAUGGGUGAUUUUUAUAUGGAACUUAAAUGGGAUUUUCAAAGUUGGGUACCAUUAGUAUCAAGAAUUUUACCAUCAGAUGUUUGUAGAAUACAUAAAAGUGGAUGUUGCAUACGUAUGGAUACAACACUUGUUGAUUUUAAUGAUAUGAGAUGGGAACGUGGUGAUGUAUCAUUUAUAUUUAAUGGUGAUCAAAAACCAAGUCAAUCAUUAAUGGUAAUGGAUAAUAAAGCAAAGCUAUUUCAACGUGUUAGAUAUGAAGAAACUGAAAAUGAAAUUGAAGAUGAAAUUGAUAUAUUAAUGUCAAGUGAUAUUAUGGUUGUACAAAUGUCAACAAAAGGAAUAACAUUUUCACGUUCACAAUCUGGCUGGAUAUUUCGUGAAGAUAAAAAAGAAAUGGUUGGACAAUUUAAUGCUGAUUUUUAUGAAAUAAAUGGUAUGGUACUUGAAAAUCGUAAAAGACGUGAACAUUUAAGUGAAGAAGAUUUACAAAAAAAUAAAGCAAUUAUGGAAUCAUUAACUAAAGGAAGUUCACAAGGUUUUACAAAUGGUGAACCACCAACAAGAAGACCAUCAUUAAAUCCACCAAAAAAUACAAAUAUAACAUGGGAUGAAUAUAUUAAUUCAACACCUGGUCAAUGUCCAUCACUUGGACGUAGUUUAGUUUAUAAAAAAUGUUGUAAAGCAUUUAAAGCAACAGCUGCAAUGAGUCCAGAUUUUCCAUUUACUGUUGAUAUGUUACUAAAUGUACUUGAAGUUAUUGCACCAUUUAAACAUUUUAGUAAACUUCGUGAAUUUGUAUUGAUGAAAUUACCACCAGGUUUUCCAGUUAAAAUUGAUAUACCAAUAUUACCAACAGUAACUGCUAAAAUAACAUUUCAAGAAUUUACAUUUAAAAAUGACAUUGAUCCGGAAUUAUUUCAAGUACCUUCUGACUAUAACGAGGAUCCAAUGAGUUACUAUGGUGCAUACUUGGCAAUGAUGACGGUCCUACAUACCACUUCGUCAAUGUGAAGAUAAGAUAACUAAUAUCAAAAAAAAUUUUAACAAUUGAAAUAACAAUUAAAUCAAUUUACAAAUAAUAUUUAAUUGAUAUUGCAUGUUAUGGUACUUGCUACUACCACCAUCAUUGCCAUUUUAACCAAAUUUAUUAUUCAACUUGAAUUUAUUUUAAAUACUUAACUUAUUAUUAAUUAAAUUAAUAAACUAAUAUUUAUUUCAGAUUUCCCGAUUUAUGACGUAAUGAUAUCUUAAUUAAAAAUAAGUCAACAAAUAAAAAUGACUCACAAUUAUUGACAUUUCAACUAAAGGGAAAAUUGGUAAUGGAAUUUUCAUUAACAAUAAAACUUGGUAUGUUUGCAUUUAUUCCAGUGUCCUGUAAAUUUCUAUACAAGUGAUAUCAAUAUUGUGUAUACUAAUUUACACAAUUUUUAUUAAGAACAAAAAAAUAUCAAUAUUCUAUUCAUGCUGUCUCUUUAAUUUAGUAAAUAAAAAAAAAAAAAAACAAAUGGAAAUUCCAAAAGAUAACCAAAAGUUUGUGACUAUAAAUACGCUUUUUAAACAUAAUAUUUUCACAUGACUAAUAUAGAAAAGUAUUAAUUUAAAAAUUCACUUUGCUUCUUUAAUUUAAUGAAGCAAUAUUUAGAAAAAAAUUAUUGAAUAAUUUCUAUUUCGUUAAAUUGCUAAAUCAUUUGUUGUACAUUUUACUUGAACAAUUAUUUUCAAAGCAAAUAUGCUUGAAAUUUAUAAUUAAACAUUUUAUUCAUGUUUUUAUCAAUGCAAAAAAAUUGUUCUUUAAAUACUAUUGAUAACGAAACUUUUUUAAGAUUUAAUAACUAUUGCUACAAAAUGAAAAAAAAAUCAUAAAAAAAAAAAAAAAAACAUUCUUAAAUAUAUUUCAGCACUAAUACAAUCAAGUUUUGAAAUAAUAUUAUUAAUAUUUUAAAUGUUAGAUAUUUUAUUAUAAAUGACACUUGUUUAUUUUUAUUUAAAAAUAUAAUUUUUCUUAUUAAAUAAAUUAAUCAUUGAUGCAUAAAGUACACUGUCAUUUCACAUAUUUAUUGCUGAAUUAUAUAUAUCACUAAAUAGUUUAUCCACAAUAAAAAAUAAUAAUUAAAUUUUGAAUUAAAAAUUUGUUAUAUUUUCUUUUUUGGCAAUAAUAAAAUCAUAAUUAUUAAAUGAUUUAUUCAUUAUUAAAUAAUUGUUAAAAAAUAUAUCAUGUGUCGAAAAUAGUCGUCGCAGUACAAUCAAUCGGUUAAUUAAUAAUUAUUAAUUAAUUAAUAUCACUUUGCACUAUGUCAUCUUCAAGCUAUGAAAUCGAAAAUGUGUUUUUUUUAUUUCUACGAGUCAUUUGAUCAUGUGACGU